AUGUACACAACAAAUGAAGAUCGUAUUUUAUCAAUACCAUUUCAGAUGAUACGUAGCAAUAUCCCUCAAGUGAUCCCUUUACUUAUUGAUGGAAGAAUUGAAUCAGAUGAGACUGAUUAUGGUGAACAAUGGCCUUGUUCAAAUAUGUAUACCCGUUGUGAUCAUUCAUGGACAUGUGAGAAUAGAAGUGAUGAAACAGGAUGCUUUCAUUCAACAUGUUCUUCUUUCGAACAUGAUUGUGUUUCACCAAUUAACUUAACAAUGAUAUGUUUAUCAAUGAACCGAACUAAUAAUGGUAUUAUCGAUUGUUUCGGUGCUACUAAUGAAAUGACCAUUUGUCGAGAUAAACAUCCAAAUCAAUUGCAAGGAUUUCAUUGUGCAAAUAGUGAUCAAUGUGUUUCAUGUUUAUCAAUGAGUUACAAUCCAAUUGUUCAUUAUUUCAAAUUGGCAUCACCAUCUUCUACUACACAUAUGGAAAACAAACAAGAUGUUAUUUAUUCAAUAUUAAAUAGACCAGAAGAACCAUUUUGGGCUUUAAAAUGCAAUCGUGGACUUCGUCUACGUCAAUCGAUUGGUUUUAAUCAAUUUGUUCCAAUUUGUCUUUGUCCACACUCUUACUAUGGUGGUCAAUAUCAAAAUCAACGUGUUAGUCUUACAUUAAGUAUUUUAACAGAAGAUUUAAAUAAAGAUUAUAUUUUACUUGUUAUGUUGAUUAACAAUGACAAAGAUAAAUAA